UCCCGCAGGGCCCCCAGCAGCACUGCCGUGCCCGUCAGGGUGACCCAGAGGCCCCAGGACCAAGAGCCAAAUGCCAGCGAGGUGUCGCACAAUGGAAGUGUGCAGGAUGUCAAAUUGUAUAACCCACUUGGAGGUUUGCAGGCACAUAUCAGAGAGGCAUGGUCCAAAGAACAGGAAGUGGAGAAAGGCAUUAAAAGUUUGACCUACAUUGAAAGAUUGAAGGAGCGUGUAAAGAAAGUGAAAAUACCAGAGCUCAGGAGAGCCCCAUGCAGCUCUCCAGAUCUUGUGCCUGAGAGGAAGAGAACGAUGCCCACGAACCCUGCCAAAUUCUUCCAGAGACUUUCCAGGACUGUUUCCCAACGACCCAUCAGAGACAGGGUGAUUCAUUUACUGGCUCUCAAGAAUUACAAGAAGCCAGAGCUACUUUCCCACUUAGAAAGAGAGGGAGUUGUGCAAAAGGACAAGGAAUCUCUUGGAAAGAUCCUUCAGGAGGUAGCCAACCUGGAUGCAAAUGAGAAUUCUUUCAGCCUGAAGGAACAUUUCUUUAAAGACAUCCAGGAAGAUUGGCCUGGCUACACUGAAAGAGAUAGACAGACAUUGGAGGUGACCCUUUCUCAAAAACCAACUCCAUCUCAGAAUUCCACCAGCACCAGCCAGUCACCAUCUCUGGGACCUUCUGAAGGAGAUACUCCACCCAGAACUGCUCAGAAACGGCCUCUGGAUUCUGACUUUCUCAGUCCUGUGAUGGGCAAGAAGCAGAGGAUUGACCAAGAGCCCAGUGAUGUCCAGCCAGCAGCUGGUGGCCACUCUCCUUCUUUCUUGGACCUGCCUUCCACAUCCUGUUCAAUUUUGAACAUGUCUCCAAGUGUCAGAUCCAUUUCCGCUUCCACCGAAGUACAACUGAAAAAUAAGGUUCUGACACAUUCUGGAUUCCCAGUGUCUGCCAGGGUGCAGGGGAAGACUCCCAAGUCCAAAGGAGAAGAAGCAGAGGUCAGAGGAGCCCAACAAAACAAUCCAGGUCCUGUGCCUGAGAAGAAGAGGAUGGUGCCUAUGAGACUUGCAGACAUCGACUGGAGCGGCUGCGCUGCUGUUUACGGCCGACCCUACAGGGACAGGGUGAUUCAUCUGCUUGCUCUGAGGGAUUACAAGGAGCCAGAGUUACUUGCUCGGCUGCAGAGAGAUGGAGUCAGGCCAAAGGACAAGGAUUCCCUUGGAAAGAUCCUUCAGCAGGUAGCCAACGUGAAUGCAAAGGAGAAUUCCUUUAGUCUGAAGGAACAUCUGUUUCAAACCCUUCAGAGUGAUUGGCCUGGCUACAGUAAAAUCGAAAGAAAGAGUUUGAAGUCAAUACUUUCUAGAAAAUCAGCUCCAUCUCAGAACCCCACCAGCAGCAGCCAAGCAACGUCUCCAAGGCCUUCUGAGACAGAUGCUCCAGCAAGACCUGCUCAGAUACGGCCUUGGGCUUCUGGCUUUAUCAGUCCUGUCAGGAGCAAGAAGCAGAGAACUGAGCAGUAGCCCAGUUACAUCCAGGCAGCAGCUGGUGGCCACUCUUCUUCCUGGGUGCUGGCUUUAACAUUCCAUUCUAUGGGGAUGUCAAAGCCAUCCCUGUAGAAUGGGAUGUCAAAGCCAGCACCCUGUCUCCAAGUCUGGGCUCCAUUUCCCCUGUGUCGCCCUGAUUUUUUAAGACUUUCUAAAGCCUUCUGAUGUUUGCAUUCUUGUAUGAAACUUUCUCACACACUUUUCUGUAAACAACUUAUUGUUUGCAUUCUUUUAUGGAGGAGGAGAAAUUUGAUGGACUGUUGGUUUGUCCAGUGUCCCUGGAGAGGUGGCACUUUCACCUUCCAAUCCUCUGUCACCUUUGGAAAUCUAUAAAUGUAGGAGUCAGAAAAUAAACUCUCUCUUUUUCCUGUCUGA